CGGAGGCAUACACGCAGGGCUCUUCACGUCAGCUCUGCUGUGGCUUUACUAACGGGACAAGUUUAAACCUCCUGGAUAUCACUGUAGGCUCUCUGCUCUCCUCUCUGCUCAAUGUGAACAUCUCGACCCACUCUGAGGUCAUUUACUACUGCUGAAAGGAUGAUAAUAAUGGGAGGAGGCCACGGCCGGAGGUGCAGCCCUCGCUAGAAUCACACUUCUCUCCCAGUUCACCCCUUUACCAUCAUCCAGUAUUGCUGUCCAACUGUCUGGCACCAUGGCCAACCACCUGGAGCUGAUCCAAGAGCUGCAGCAGCUGGACAAGGUGCCCAGUCUGGAGAGACUGCGGGCGGCCCAGAAGCGGCGCACCCAGCAGCUGAAGAGAUGGGCUGUGUACGAGAAGGAGAUGCAAAACAAGAAGCGAAAAGCAGACAAGAAGGGACGCAUUGCCAACAACCUCCAGCAAUCAGAGUCCAAGAAGCGGGUGUCAUUUGCUGCCAGCGUGGCGCUUCUGGAGGCAUCGGCCAGGAAUGAUCCAGAUGAAGUUCGUUACCUGCUGAGGAACAAUGUGAGUCCAGACCUUUGCAAUGAAGAUGGCCUCACCGCUCUGCAUCAGUGUUGCAUAGACAACUAUGAGGAGAUGGUGAAGCUCUUGCUGGACCGAGGAGCCAGUGUUAAUGCUCAGGACAACGAACUGUGGACACCCCUGCAUGCUGCUGCUACCUGUGGCCACGCGGGACUUGUUAAGAUACUCAUCGCACAUGGCGCAGAUCUACUGGCAGUCAACUCUGAUGGAAACAUGCCCUACGACCUGUGUGAAGAUGACCCAACACUGGACAUCAUUGAGACAGCAAUGGCCAACAGAGGCAUCACCCAGGAAAUGAUCAACGAGACGCGAGCGUCGACAGAGAGGAAGAUGAUUGGUGACAUUCAGGAACUGCUGAGUCAAGGAGAGGAGGUCAACCAGCAGGACUCUCAGGGAGCUACUCUGCUACACAUUACAGCAGCAAAUGGCUACGUGCAGGCUGCAGAGCUGCUGCUGGAGGGGGGGGCUCGUGUGGACCUCAGAGAUUCAGAUGGAUGGCAGCCUCUUCAUGCUGCAGCGUGCUGGGGUCAGAUGCAUGUGGCGGAGCUGCUGGUGUCUCAUGGAGCCAGUCUCAAUGCCAAGACCUUCCUAGAGGAGACUCCAAUUGAUCUAUGUGAGGAUGAGGAGUUCAGAGCCAUCCUGCUGGACCUGAAACACAAGCACGACAGUAUCAUGAAGUCACAGCUCAAGCACAAGACCUCACUGUGCAGGCGAACGUCCAGUGCAGGCAGUCGUGGAAAAGUGGUGCGGCGAGCCAGUCUGUCAGACAGACACAACCUGUGUCGUAAAGAGUAUGAGACCGAAGCCAUCGUGUGGAGGGGAGGAAGGGAGGAGGAGGACGAAAAAGAAAAGGAGUCUGAUCAGGAGAAUAGCCAAGUAGUUAAUGUCAAGCCCAUUGUAGCUGUGGAGCUGCCCGACAAGUCCAAGCUGCCUACCAUCCUCAAAGAUGGCAGCAGCAAGCAGAACGGCCUCAUUUCCACAACAACAUCCAUGCCACCUCAGCCGCCCUCCAAUGGCAGCACACCAACGUCCAGUAAGGGUGGGGUUAUCACCACCCAGCCAUCCCAGGAGGAAGCCUGGCCAAAAGAGCGCGCUCAGACUCUGUCAGAGCUGAAAAAGCAGAGAGCUGCUGCCAAACUCUUGAACCACCCUUUGUUCAAUGGUCACCUUGGUAACGGUUCCACAGACUCCUUCACUGAUGCCAAAACCUACUCUGAGGAUCCUCGCAUGCCGCUGGUCUCUUCUAAUGGCAACACUGUGUACUACACGCCAGCCAGCGGCGACCCACCCCUCCUCAAACUGAAGCAGCCCAUAGAGGAAGAGCAGCCGAAGUCACGGACCUGCUGCUGCGUGUCAUAGUGCCCUAGUCAUGUGACUGUUAACGGAACAGGAAGUGUUUUCAUAGAGAGGAGGGAAGCAAGGGAGGCUCUGUGGAAGGGAGGAGAGGAAAGAAGGAAAGUCUUGCAACAUCCUUCGCCUACCUACUUCAAACCAUCUUCAGGGAAGAUGGGUAGCCUGCGUAAAGUCUGAAAACAUUUCCUUUCACCUCCAUGUCUCGUGACUCCUUCUUUAAAGUGCAGCUGAGAAGUGGAAAGGAACAAAGAGGUGCUCCCUUGGAUAAAAUUCCUGCCAUACAUGGAGUCAAUAAUAAGAGAGGAUGGGGAGUGGGGUUUUUUUUUCGAAGACCUUUUACCUGGAAAGGUCAAUAAUUUAGAAUCAGGAGAGAAAAUUGGAAGGUACCGCAUGCUCUACCCUGACAGAUGGAAGCCCACAAACAGAUUGGUAUCAUGUCAUUAAACACCAUUAAUUCCAGGACAAAUUACUGUUGUUAUCAAACCACAUUUUGACACAUUCUUGUCAUUUUCAAAUAAGCAGGAUGGUCAUCCUGGAAGGGUCCUGAUAUAUUGUAAUACACCAUGUUGUAGUACAACAUAUCAGCGAAGAGAGAUCUGUGACAGUGUUGACACGCUGCCUGCAAAAGUAAGGAGGAGGAAUGCCAUAAAACAGUGUUAAAAUAUUCAUGAAGUGUACUUCUACAGUGAGAGAUAAGCAGAAAGGGUAAAAGUACUGCACUAGUGUUUGAAACGGUCACUAUAUUCCAUCAGCUAUGCUUCACCUUACCGUCCUCUCAUAUGGAACCUAAACUGACAGGUCAUGCUUUUGUUUUAUGCAUAAUUCACAUUGUGCACACUCGUAUAAAUAAUUUAAGCAGACAUUGUUGAAAAUUACUGUACAUGUUUUAUUUAUGAAAUGUAAAAUGUAGAAAAACAAAAGAAAAAAACAUAUGGUUCCUGAAGCUGAGUGUAUUUAUUAUUUGGAUGGUGUGUGCAGAGUGUGAGUGAGUUGGUGUGGGGAGGAAAAUCUUCCCAGCCGAGCACCUUCUGACAUGGAAAAAUGGUUCAAAUGAAAUGAGGGUUAUUGUCUGCUUUAUGUACUUGUAAUUUAAAAAAAACAAAAAAAAAAACACACACACAACACAAACAGUCCUAUUGGAUGGAUUCAUGUACUUGUCACUACAAAUAACAGUGUUGUUUGUUUUGUUUUUGGUUUUUUCCUGGUGGCCAUUGUGUGGCUUUACUUUCCCUGCCCCCAGUCACUGUAUUUGUCUUAUAAACUGAAACUGUAUGUUAUGUAAUGAUUACUGUAAAUGAAGAACAUGCAUUUAGGAGACACAAAAUGAAUGCUUGAGGCCUCAGUAUUUUUGGUAUGUAGCAAGCCCAUACAAUACAUAUCAGGUAAUGCAUCAUAAAUCCAGCACAAAAUAUACUGUCCAAAAACAACAACAAAAACAGCACAUGCAGUGGAUUGGCUGCUGAAUUAAAGGAAUAACUCGACUUUUUUUUUUUUUUUUUAAAUAAUUGAUGAGAGGAGGUAGCGCCCCCAGCUGGGUAGCUGCUGGCUAUAUAUAAUAUAAUAUAAUCAGUAUAUUAAUAUGCAGAAUCUGAAGACAAAGGAAGUUUUUGUUUUUGUUUGUUUUUUGCCAUCAGAAGUUAUCUGGUUGCUGUGUUCUGACUAGUAUUGAGCAAUUUGCGCCUCAGCAGGGUUUGGCUGUAUGCUGGUGGCGUCUGUUGAGAGCAAAACAGUUCUGUGCAUUAACCUGAGUGCAGCGCUAAAACAGUCAGCUAUUGUUUGAAGACUUAAAAACGAAAUCUGCAGGACUGUAAACAAUGUCAACUCACAUAACAGGAAAUCUUGACCUAAAUACCAGGAAAUCUGGAUAUUCACUAGCUACACUGAAAGUCCUGAAAAACUGACCAUUGUCAAGUCACUAGAAGAGAACUUUACAGCUCUCAGUGUCACAUAAAGAAUACAAUCAGUGGGAGACAGCUAGCCUGGCUGAAUCCUUUAUCUUAGUUUCAAACAAGCAGCUGUUUGGCUUAACAGAAGAAAAAGCACACGUGGAACUACUGACCGUAACAGUGACUUUGUCUGGUUCAGCCUCCAGUGAGCGUGCGCAUAGCAGGCUUACCUAAAGUGAAAUAAAGCCAUUAACUGCAGGCAUCCUUUUCCUGCCUUGACAUGUCAAAAAUAGAAGUUGUUUUCUUUAAACAUAGCUUAGCGAGUUGUUUCGCUUUGUUUCUAGGCUUUAUGUUAAGGCAGGCAAUUUCUAUCUGUCAAGACUAAGAACAGGAUUAGUACCGAUCAGGUUAUCAAACUUGCAGCAAGGAAGUCAGAUGACUCCCUAAGGUAUUCCUUAAAUUUAACAGCUCUGUUAAUUAUGUUUGUGCCAAAGAGUCUUCCGUAAGUUAAAAAAAAAAAACUAAUAUGGACAUUUGAAAAGUUUGGUGGAAAGCUUUCUGAUGUUGGUGUUUGCAUCUUAUGGCCAACUUCCUUGAAAAUGUGAUCACCUAUAAUGCCACGCCAUCACGCUUCUUCCUCGCCACAUCAACUGUACAGCGUUCCAGUAUUUGUACAGACGGGUUUGUAAAUAUGUUUGUAUCAGUAUUCCUCCUAUGUUCCCAUGUUUUUGCAUUUACAUGUCUGUGUUGUUACUGUUGAGGAACAUAUAGGAAAAUGCAGUUACACAUAUUGAUGAAUAGUGUUUGCAGACUUUUGGUUCUAAAAGGAGGAACUGUGAGACUAUAACUGUAGAUUCCCCCUCAGAAGUCCCAAAAUCUGUCCGCAAAGUCAAGCGCUACCCAGGUAUCUCCAAGUGUUAGGACACCAGUGUCUGUGGUGCAUUCAAAACUGAAUGGUGGAAUUUUUCUGCAUGAUUUUUUUUUUCUGCAAUGGUCAGUUGGUUUUUCACCUCGGUUUGAGGAAGUAAAAAUGAAGUCAAAGAGUUUGCCAUUUCCCCUAUGUUCAGUACAGUGACAUCAUCUUGUUAUGAGUCAGCUAAGUUCAGGCCACUGAGAACAAGUUGAUAAAUUCCAGCUGUGUUUCUUUAUUAAUUAGUUUCAGUCAAACUAAACAGGAAUUUUCAAGUACCACCUGCUUAGAAUGAGGCAGAAAAGGACCGUCGCCUGUUAAGAAGUAACUUGUGAUCUCAUGGCAUACACAGAUCAAGGUUUGUGUUUAAUUGCAAGCUUAGUUGUCGAUAAGGAUCAAAUUAUGAAGGCAAAACUACUGAUUUUUGUAAUUACUGGAAUAUAUUGAUGGCUACAUUAACAUAUUUUGAAUAAAAUGUAUAUUUUGAGAACUUUA